AUGUCAUCUUUCCGAGAGAUAAAUGUGACAGAUGUUUUUCCUCAAAGCAUUACUUCAGAGAAUUACCGGCCAAAUGGAGAGAAACAAGAAAGAAAGUGGCUGGUAUAUUCGGUUUCUUUGGAUAAAGUUUUUUGCUUUUGUUGUAAAUUGUUUGCAAAGAAACAUCUUGUGGGGCAAUUAGCUGAUGAAGGUGUCAAUGAUUGGCACAAUAUUUCUGAUCGACUUAAAAGUCAUGAAAGAAGUAGGUAUCACAUUGGCUCAAUGACAAGUUGGAUGGAGUUGGCAAAAAGGCUGAAAUUGAAGUUAACAAUUGAUGCAAGUCUACAAGAACAAAUCAAUCAAGAAAAGGAACACUGGAAGCAAGUAUUAGAGAGAAUUCUUGCAGUUGUGAAAAGACUUGGGAAAAAUAAUUUAGCUUUUCGUGGAGAUAGUGAAAAGCUAUAUGAGGAGAACAAUGGCAUUUUCUUACAGAUGAUAGAACUGCUUGCUGAAUUUGAUUCGACUAUGCAAGAACAUGUUCGACGUAUUAAUAAACAUGAGGUUCAAUAUCAUUAUUUGAGUCACAAAAUUCAGAAUGAGAUGAUUCAAUUGUUGGCAGGGGAGGUGAAAAGCUCAAUUAUUAGUAGAAUCAAAGAAGCCAAAUAUUUUUCAGUUAUACUUGAUUGUACUCCAGAUGUAAGUAAUGAGGAACAGAUGUCUCUUGUAUUAAGAAGUGUCAAUGUUUCGGCUACUCCUAUUGUGGUUGAAGAAUAUUUUCUAGAAUUCUUAAAGGUAUCUGACACAUCAGGUCUUGGACUGCUUAAUGAACUUCUAACUGCAUUGAAGACUCUUGGACUUGAUGUUAAUGAUAUAAGAGGACAGGGGUAUGACAAUGGAUCCAACAUGAAAGGAAAAAACAAAGCUUCUACAAAGAGAUGGCAGGUUUUUACAGAGCAUGUGACAGGUUUUACCGUUAAGCCAUUAUCAGAAACUCGUUGGGAAAGUCGUGUGGAGAGUGUUAAAGCAAUAAGGUAUCAAGCUCCAGAAAUAAGAGAAGCUUUGAUUCACUUGGUGAAUGGUAAAGAAGAUGUCAAGACAAAAAGUGAUGCUGAGACUUUAGCAACAUAUAAUCUUCAGAAUUUUGAGUUCUUGUUCGGUAUGAUUAUAUGGUAUGAAUUGUUACAUGCUGUUAACAAUGUCAGCAAAAAUCUGCAAACUGAAGAUAUGCAUGUUGAUACUGCCAUCAAAGAAUUGGAACGUCUUCUUUCCUUUCUUCAAAAGUUUAGAGAAACUGGAUUUGAGGAGUCCUUGAUUGAAGCUAAAGAGAUUGCAAGUGAGAUGGGGAUUGAACCGGUAUUCAUGGAAAAACGGACAAUUCACAAAAAGAGACAAUUUGGUGAAAGCUCUAGCGAAGCGGUGACACAAUCAGCUGCAGAAUCCUUUAAAGUCAAUUAUUUUCUCUACAUAGUUGAUCAAGCUAUUUCUUCAUUCAAAACCAGGUUUGAGCAAUUUAAGACUUUUGAAGAGAAUUUUGGGCUUUUGUUUGAUUUGGACAAGUUAAGGUCUGCAGAUAGAGAUAGUUUGAAGAGUUUUUGUGCUAACCUUACAAAUUUGUUGAAGCAUGGCGAGAUUUCUGAUCUUAAUGAAGAUGAUCUAUAUCAUGACUUACGAAUGUUGAGUGAAGAUUUACCCAAUGAAACAAAAAGAGCUAUUGAUGUGUUGAAUUACAUAAAAGAAGUUGAUGGCUGUUAUCCAAAUGCUUGGAUUGCUUAUAGGAUUUUGCUAACUAUACCAGUCACAGUUGCCUCUGCAGAAAGAAGUUUUUCAAAGUUGAAAUUGAUCAAAUCUUACCUUCGGUCUACUAUGUCACAAGAGAGAUUGAGUGGUUUGGCUAUGAUAUCUAUUGAAAAAGAUAUUGUUGGAAAACUUGAUUAUGUAAAUUUGAUUAGUACCUUUGCAUCUAAAAAUGCAAGACGAGUCAUAUUUCAGUGA